CUCUCCAUGGCGUCUCACCAGCAAACCCGGAUCCAGGCUUACCUGGAGAAGAACAGGAUCGGUCCCCUGUUCGAGGAGUUAAUGACCAAGUUAAUAACUGAGACACCUGACCAGCCAAUCCCAUUUCUCAUUGACCAUCUUCAGUCUAAACAGGGAAACCGUGGACAACUUCAAAGAACUUUAUCUGGUUCUGCAGCUCUCUGGGCAGAAAGUGAAACAUCAGAGCAUAAAGGAGCAAGAAGAGAUUUCAGGAAUUAUGAUAAACCUUGGCAACUAAAUGCGAAGAAGCCCAAAAAGUCAAAAAGUGACAUUGCUGUGUCUAAUAUUUCUCCACCAUCACCCGAAUCCAAAUCACUGCCUGUAUCUGUAGAGCAUCCUAAAUGGAACUGGCGGAGUAAACCAGAAGGCCGUGAUUUCGAUGAAUUGAACCACAUCCUUCAAGAGAGCAAGAAGCUGGGAAAAGCCCUUGAGAAUCUCUCUCGAAGCAUCGCCACAUCCUCUUCUCGUCUUCAGGAAACGGUGGCUUUUAAUUCUUCUCUUCUGAGGCCCCGGGUAAUUGGGGAAUGGAUUGGUCGAGAAGAAAAUGAUGCCGACCCCCUAGCAGCUGAAAUGCUGCAGCCCCCGACUCCUAGAAGUCAAACGGAGCGGUGGGAAAGUGAACCGAGCAGCUCUGGCCCUGCAGGAAGUUUAAAGAUGGAACCGAAGACUAAAGGAUUAAAACAGCAGCAGCAACAACAUAAGAAACUUCUGGCGGCAAUGCUUUCUCAAGAUUCUUUUGAAUUCAUCCACAGCCCUACCCCUUCUGUAACAGAAGAAGAUAUUGAUAAUGAAGAUGAUGCAAUGGAAUUGCUGGAGGAUCUUGAUGACUUAAGAAUGGAAGGAGUAACUACUCUGGUGCCUUCUGGGACUAAAUUUAACCAAGGUCGUGUUCCUCACCCCGCUGAACCUCAGGCCAAGGUCACCCUGAACAUCUGCUCAAGGUGUGCCAGGCUUCAAGGAGACAAUCUGGUGGAAAGAACAGAAGACACAUUGCAGAUACUUCAUUCUUCAGAUGAAAUAAUGCCGGAUUCUUUGGAUUCCUUGCCUGGAACUGAAGAAGCCCUAAUGGAGGAAGAUGAGGAAUUUGAGAAAGCAUCUAAAUUAGCUGGACCUGACGAGUCCUUAAAGCAGCUGCAGGUGGCUCAUCAGCCAUGGAUCUUGCCAAGUGACACGGAAAGUGAAGGCGUAGAAGCAGAACAAGAGAAACGUACCCAAAGCGGGGAAUCUAAUAUAAAUUUUCUUUCUUCAUAUACUUGUUGACAUUUAUAAUUGACUCUUUUUUCA